AUGGCUCAACCCAUUCCCAACUGGCAAGGGAUGGGUUGCCAUGCUUCUUGGUUUGGCGUGUGGCGACAAGACCUCUUCCUCGAUUACAUGAAGGUUGCGGACUCCGCCGAUGCUGGGCAAAGGCAACGGUGGGCAUAUCACUGCUAUGUCAAUCCAGCACAAGCUGCGACUCAAGCAAACACAGAAGUGCACCAAGACGAUGACGAUUUACAGAUCGUCCCACCACCAGCACUACAGGCCCGCCGCCGUCCUCCUCCCAUCAUCGUCAUCAAUGAAGAGGAAGAUGAAGAGGAGGUGAAGGUGCCGCCAAAUCCUACCGAAGUCAUGCAAGAGUCUUACCAACUAUCAGUUUUAGUGUUAGCAAGUUUUAUUUAUUCUCCGAUUAUUUGUUCUAUCUAUGUAAUGCUAUCUAUUGUGCCUCCCAUGUGA